UUUUUUAUUCUUUCUAUUCGUCGGUCAUAUUCCAUUAACUAUACAUUAAUUAUACUGCUACAUGUAUAGUACAGAUUCUGUUCGAUUCCGAUUUGGGCAGAGGUGCUGUGAGCGUGGAACGCGGAAGACCCACGGCGGGAAAAUAUUUGCUUGCUCAAUUUGAGUACCGCUUAAUUGGCGCGCGAAAAAUCGCAAUUGCACUUGCAAUUUUCGCGCACGACUUGCAACGCAUAGCAACGAUUUUGCAAAUCGUAAAAAAACACAAAUAACAAAAAUGCACGAACAACAGAAACAGAAAUUGUCGAGGUGGUAUUUUGGCGGUUUGGCGUCCGCGGGGGCGGCCUGCUUCACGCAUCCCAUCGAUCUGGUCAAGGUACAUCUGCAGACCCAGCAAACUGGAAAGCUUAACGUGAUUACAUCAACAGCGAACAUCGUCAAGACUCAAGGGUUGUUGGCCCUGUACAGCGGGCUGUCGGCUUCGUUGCUAAGGCAACUGACCUACUCCAUGACUAGGUUUGGUAUUUACGAGGUCGUCAAGCAGAACAUCGGUGAAUCCAGCUUCGUUGCUAAGGUGGGGAUAGCAGGGGUGGCGGGAGCAGCUGGGGGUCUGUGCGGUACCCCCGCGGACAUGAUUAAUGUUCGCAUGCAGAACGACGUUAAAUUACCGAUGGACCAGCGCAGGAAUUACAAGAACGCUGUGGACGGUCUCUUCAGGGUGUACAAGGAAGAAGGUGUUGCCAAGCUGUUCGGCGGAGCGAGUGCAGCUACAACUAGGGCCGUCUUCAUGACAAUCGGCCAGUUAUCCUUCUACGACUUGGUCAAGUCGUAUCUUCUAGAAACGGAUUAUUUCACGGACAACCUGACCACCCAUUUCUUAUCUAGUUUGACUGCUGGAGCAAUUGCCACAACCAUGACUCAACCUAUUGACGUAGUAAAAACGCGAAUGAUGAAUUCCAAGCCUGGUGAAUUUAAAGGAAACUUGGAUGUGAUCAAGCAUACUGCUGUGCAUGGCCCGGCAGGCUUCUUCAAGGGAUAUGUUCCAGCUUUCCUGCGUCUCGGUCCACAUACGAUCCUCACCUUCGUGUUUCUGGAGCAAUUACGACUUAACUUUGGUAUAUUGAAGCCUUAAAGGCAAGAUAAAAUUAGGAGGAAACAAUUCAGUUCUAAAACGUAUACAGGGUGUCAAAGAUUUAACUUAUUUUUCUAUCAUUCCAUUACUAUAUGAUGUUCCUGUACUAUUCCAAUUGACUCGUUCAAAGCACAAUCAGGGAAAUGCAAGCCUGCACAUUCACAUUUUAAGUACAAUGAAUAGGAAACACUAUUUUUUUUAAUACAUAUAUAUUUUAUAUAUAUAAUAUUUACAAGGAACAAUUUAUUUUAUU